AAGCCGCGGAGCUAGUGGCGGCGACUGUUGGCUUUGGGGGCGAAGGAGAGGGACGUUACCGGCGAGUCGCAGGCGGGCGGACUCCUCUCCAUCCCGCCACCUGACAGGUCACAAACAUGUCGGACAAAAGUGAAUUAAAGGCAGAGUUGGAACGUAAGAAGCAGCGGUUAGCCCAAAUCAGAGAGGAAAAGAAGAGGAAAGAAGAAGAAAGGAAGAAAAAGGAGACUGAUCAGAAGAAGGAAGCAGUCGCUCCUGUGCAAGAAGAAUCAGAUCUUGAAAAAAAAAGAAGAGAAGCUGAAGCAUUGCUUCAAAGCAUGGGGCUAACUCCAGAGUCCCCCAUUGUCCCUCCUCCUAUGUCUCCAUCCUCCAAAUCUGUGAGCACACCAAGCGAAGCUGGAAGCCAAGACUCUGGAGACGGCGCAGUGGGAUCUAGGACGCUGCAUUGGGAUACAGAUCCAUCAGUUCUUCAGCUUCACUCAGAUUCCGAUUUGGGACGAGGACCUAUUAAACUUGGAAUGGCUAAAAUUACACAAGUUGACUUUCCUCCUCGAGAAAUCGUCACAUAUACAAAGGAAACUCAGACUCCAGUUAUGGCUCAACCCAAAGAAGAUGAAGAGGAAGAAGAUGACGUAGUGACUCCUAAACCACCUAUUGAACCUGAAGAAGAGAAAACUUUAAAGAAAGAUGAAGAAAAUGAUAGUAAAGCUCCCCCUCAUGAGCUCACUGAAGAAGAAAAGCAACAAAUCUUGCACUCUGAGGAAUUUUUAAGUUUCUUUGACCAUUCUACAAGAAUUGUAGAAAGAGCUCUUUCCGAGCAGAUUAACAUCUUCUUUGACUACAGUGGAAGAGAUUUGGAAGACAAAGAAGGAGAGAUUCAAGCAGGUGCUAAACUGUCAUUAAAUCGACAAUUUUUUGAUGAACGUUGGUCAAAGCAUCGGGUUGUUAGUUGUUUGGAUUGGUCAUCUCAGUAUCCUGAGUUGCUUGUGGCUUCCUAUAAUAACAAUGAAGAUGCUCCUCAUGAGCCUGACGGUGUGGCCCUUGUAUGGAAUAUGAAAUACAAAAAAACUACUCCAGAGUAUGUGUUUCACUGCCAGUCAGCUGUGAUGUCUGCUACAUUUGCAAAAUUUCAUCCAAAUCUGGUUGUUGGCGGUACAUAUUCAGGCCAAAUUGUGCUGUGGGAUAACCGUAGCAAUAAAAGAACUCCAGUGCAAAGAACUCCACUGUCAGCUGCUGCACACACGCAUCCUGUAUAUUGUGUAAAUGUCGUUGGAACACAAAAUGCUCACAAUCUGAUUAGCAUCUCUACUGAUGGAAAAAUUUGUUCGUGGAGUCUGGACAUGCUUUCCCAUCCUCAGGAUAGUAUGGAAUUGGUUCAUAAACAGUCAAAGGCAGUGGCUGUGACAUCUAUGUCCUUCCCUGUCGGAGAUGUCAACAACUUUGUUGUUGGGAGUGAAGAAGGUUCUGUGUACACAGCAUGCCGCCAUGGCAGCAAAGCUGGAAUUAGUGAGAUGUUUGAGGGGCAUCAAGGACCAAUCACUGGCAUCCAUUGUCAUGCAGCUGUUGGAGCAGUGGACUUCUCACAUCUUUUUGUCACUUCUUCAUUUGACUGGACAGUAAAACUUUGGACAACUAAGAAUAACAAGCCUUUGUACUCAUUUGAAGAUAAUUCAGACUAUGUUUAUGAUGUUAUGUGGUCACCCACCCACCCAGCCCUGUUUGCCUGUGUGGAUGGCAUGGGGAGGCUGGAUUUGUGGAAUCUCAAUAAUGACACAGAGGUACCAACUGCCAGCAUUUCUGUGGAGGGUAAUCCUGCUCUUAAUCGUGUAAGAUGGACCCAUUCUGGAAGAGAGAUUGCCGUGGGUGAUUCUGAAGGACAGAUUGUUAUAUAUGAUGUGGGAGAGCAGAUUGCUGUCCCCCGAAAUGAUGAAUGGGCACGGUUCGGCAGAACACUCGCAGAAAUUAAUGCAAACAGAGCUGAUGCAGAGGAGGAAGCAGCCACCCGAAUACCUGCUUAGCUUCUGGAGGGGAUAUGUAGCCUUAGUGGAUUUGGGGAAGACGCUAAGUAGAUUCUAAGACUAUUUGCAUGCUUCUGUCUAAAUGAUAGUUAAAAGGAAAUUUUGUGGA